UGAAAGUGAGAGUCUUCACCAUGAGAUGUCUGGAGGACAAGAAGGGGGAGAGGGUGAUUUCAUGUAUGAUGACACUGCAUCUUACAGUGGCUUUGCACCUGCAGGGCCACAGAGGAAAAGAGCAAAACUGGAGACCAAAAUUCAUGCUGGCGAUAUAAAAUCCCAGAAUUAUCAGAUUGCAAUUACAAUCAUUGAAGCCCGGCAAUUAGUUGGCGAGAAUAUUGAUCCAGUGGUGAUCAUAGAGAUUGGAGAUGAAAAGAAGCAAACGACAGUCAAAGAAGGCACAAAUGCCCCAUUUUACAAUGAAUAUUUUGUGUUUGACUUCAUUGGACCUCAAGUGCAUUUAUUUGACAAAAUUAUCAAACUCUCUGUUAUGCACAACAAGCUGAUCGGGAGCUUAUUGAUUGGCUCCUUUAAAGUAGAUGUGGGGACAGUGUAUAAUCAGCCAGGUCAUCAGUUUUGUGACAAGUGGGCACUUCUCACAGACCCUGCUGACAUUAGGACAGGAGCCAAAGGAUACCUGAAGUGUGAUAUCAGUGUUGCUGGGAAAGGAGACACGAUACAAGCCAUUCAGAAAGAAAGUGAUGCUGAAGAGCAAAUUGAAAAGAACCUCUUGAUCCCCAAAGGAUUUCCGUCUGAAAGACCUUGGGCCAGAUUUUAUGUGAGAAUCUAUAAAGCAGAAGGGCUUCCAAAGAUGAACUCCAGCAUCAUGGCUAAUGUCACCAAAGCAUUCAUGGGCGACAGUAAGGACCUUGUGGAUCCGUAUGUGGUGGUCAUGUUUGCAGGUCAAAUGGGACGAACAACAGUGCAAAAAAGCUGUGCUGAUCCUGUGUGGCAUGAACAGAUUGUCUUCAAGGAAAUGUUCCCCCCACUGUGUCGAAGAGUCAAAAUCCAGGUGUGGGAUGAAGGCAGCAUGAAUGAUGUGGCCUUAGCCACACACUUCAUAGACCUGAAAAAAAUCUCAAAUGAACAAGAUGGAGAUAAAGGGUUCUUGCCUACCUUUGGACCAGCUUGGAUCAAUCUCUAUGGCUCACCUAGGAACCACUCCCUAAUGGACGACCACCAUGAGCUCAAUGAAGGUUUUGGGGAAGGUGUCUCCUUUAGAGGCCGCCUCCUAAUUGAAAUUGCAGUGGAGAUACUUUCAGGGGGAGCACAAGAGUCUAAAUUUUCAAAGAUGAUCAAAGAGAUAAAGUUACCUUCCAAAGCAUCUAAAGGAAAAGAGAAAACAGACAAAGCAGAGGAUGGGAAAUCAUCUUCUCCUUCAGACAAGGCAAACUCCACUGAGGCGGAAGUUGAGUCUUUCGAUGUGCCUGCUGAGAUCCACGAAGAGGACUCUGAGGAAUUCCUUCUCUUUGGGGCAUUUUUUGAAGCCACGAUGAUUGACAGGAAAGUUGGAGAUAAACCAAUAAGCUUUGAGGUUUCUGUUGGUAACUUUGGAAAUGUUAUUGAUGGAGCGUCACCGGAAGCUGGUAGUAAAAAGAAGGGACAUGAGGGAGAAGAGGAAGAAAGUGCCCCAUUGCUGCAUGAAGGGGAGGGUGAAGAGUCACAUGACAUUGGAAUACCAAUGAUAUCCACCACCCACCCUGAGAAGCCACUCCUCACAGACGGAAACCGGAACUAUCACUACUUGCCAUAUGAUGAGAAGAAGCCCUGUGUCUAUAUAAAGAGCUAUUGGGGAGAUCAGACCUUCCGACUGUACUUGUCCAAUGUCCUAGAGAAAAUGGCAGAUCUGCUGGAAGAUGGGUUAGAGGAAGUAAAAGAUUUGAUCAAGGUUUCAGAGACUGCGUCAGAAGAGAAAAUGAACACCAUUCUAAAUGCCUUUAUCAGUCAAUGCAGAGCCUUCAUUGCUCAUGCCGAAAAGAAGCCCCAAGGGAUGAACCAGACUGCUUUGGACAAAAAAAGACUUAUGAUGUGCAGGCAAGAACUGGAAGCAAUGUCCUCGGAUGCCAAUGGCAUUGUUCAGCAGCAGAAAAAAAAGAUGUCAGUAGAUGAACUGAUGGGUGAAACACAGAACUUCGUAGAGAAAAUUCGAUUCUUGGUUGAUGAGCCGCAGCAUACGGUGCCUGAUGUGUUCAUCUGGAUGCUCAGCAACAACAAAAGAGUUGCAUAUGCAAGAAUCCCAGCAAAAGAAGUGUUCUAUUCCCCAGUGAAUGAACAGAGAGGCAAAAACUGUGGGAAGAUUAAAACCCAUUUCCUGAAAUUACCAGGAAAACGCCUGUCGGGUUGGAAUGUACCUGCAAAAGUAGACACCUAUCUGUGGCUUGGUUCCGUCAAGUAUGCCCAUACCAUUAUGGAGAACUUACCUUUAGGACAUGAGAUUGAAGUGCCCUCCGCAGAUGGUACAGGACAUCCUCCUCCUCCUUCACCUGCCAGUCUGGUGUACAAAACCAAGCACCUCUUCCAGUUAAGAGCCCACAUGUAUCAGGCCAGGGGGCUCAUUGCGGCAGACAGCUCUGGACUUUCUGAUCCCUUUGCCAAAGUAACGUUUGUUUCGCACUGCCAGACCACCAAGAUCAUUUCUCAGACAUUAUCCCCUACGUGGAAUCAGAUGCUGCUGUUCAAUAACAUUGUGCUCCAUGGUGAAGGGAAGGAAAUUGCUGAAUACCCACCAGUGAUUGUCAUAGAGCUGUACGAUGAUGAUGCAGUGGGUAAAUCAGACUAUAUUGGCUCAACAGUAGCUGCCCCUGUGGUGAGACUCGCUGAUCAGAAAUACGAGCCACCUAAACUAUCUUAUCACGCAGUGCAUUGUGGAAAUCUGUCUGGAGGAGACCUUCUUGCUGCAUUCGAGCUGCUGCAGAUUCCAGAUUCUGAUCCAGUGAGCCUUCCACCAGUGGAUCCACCUGACGUAAGCCAGAUCUACCCAGUUCCAGCCAACAUCCGGCCUGUUUUAAGCAAAUACAGAGUGGAGGUUCUGUUCUGGGGUGUUCGUGAGCUGAAGAAGGUCCAGCUCCUCUCUGUGGACCGCCCACAGGUUCUCAUAGAAUGCGCAGGGAAAGGAGUUAAAUCUUCCGUCAUCCAGAGCGUCAAGAACAAUCCCAACUUCAGUGUCCAAGCAGACAGGUUUGAAGUGGAAUUGCCUGAAAACGAGCUUUUGCACCCACCACUCAGUAUCUGUGUGGUUGACUGGAGAGCUUUUGGUCGUAGCACUUUUGUUGGAACACACACCAUCAAUUGCCUUAAGCAAUAUUUAUAUAAACCCAAGGAGCUUCCUGCACCUACAGCAAAAGUGGACGUUAUAGAAACUGACAAAGCUGCUCCGGAGUCACCACAGCUGCCUGCAUCACCCCAACCACAACCACGUCCAGCGGAUCACAUUUAUGUUGAAGUGGAGCAUGGUUCAACUGCAUUAGUAAUGCAAGAACCAGAUCCAGCAAAAUCUGCUGCUGCAGCAGCUGUACCUGCUUCUUCACUGCCAUCUGCACCUAAAUCUACAUCCCCAUCCUCUGAACCAGCAGAAGAUGGAAAGCAGAAGGCCUCAAGAAAAUACUCCCAACGAUCCACAAAAAGAAAAAAGAGAACAAUAGCAGACGAAUCUGCCGAAAAUGUUAUUGAUUGGUGGUCAAAGUACGAUGCUUCUGUGGAAAAAAUGAAAAAGGUAAAAUCAAUCUAUUCCAGCCAGGGGAAACCAGACAACACUAGGUCGACAUCUGGCCACGUAGCAUUAAGCAUUGAAGAUGAGCCAGACAAAAAAAAAGCGAAAAAAGUUGUUGAAACAGGAAAAAAAGGAAGAAGACCCAAAUCUAGCAACUUUGAAGAUCUAUGAUGGAGACCUGGAGAGUGAAUUUAAUAACUUUGAAGACUGGGUGAAAACGUUUGAACUCUUCAGAGGCAAAGAUCACAG